AGCCCUACCCACAACCGCUGGGCAUCUCUCCCAGGGCCCGUGGACUGCUGGCUUUCUGCUGAUACCCUAGAGAUGCAGCGGCUUUUGGCUCCAGCAAGGAGGGUCCUGCAAGUAAAGAGAGCGCUGCAGGAAGCUUCGCUCACACCUGCUCACCCGCUCUCAGCAGCCCAGCAGAGGUUUUUUACAAUCCCCCCUGCUCCCCUGGCCAAAACAGACACUUGGCCAAAAGAUGUGGGCAUCCUUGCCCUGGAGGUCUACUUUCCAGCCCAGUAUGUGGACCAAACGGACCUGGAGAAGUUCAACAACGUGGAAGCAGGGAAGUAUACGGUGGGCUUGGGCCAGACCCGCAUGGGCUUCUGUUCGGUCCAGGAAGACAUCAACUCCCUGUGUCUGACCGUGGUGCAGAGGCUGAUGGAGCGCACAAAGCUGCCAUGGGAUGCUGUGGGCCGCCUGGAAGUGGGUACCGAGACCAUCAUUGACAAGUCCAAGGCUGUCAAAACGGUGCUCAUGGAACUCUUCCAGGAUUCAGGCAACACUGACAUCGAGGGCAUCGACACCACCAACGCCUGCUACGGUGGCACCGCCUCCCUCUUCAAUGCUGCCAACUGGAUGGAGUCCAGCUACUGGGAUGGUCGCUAUGCCCUGGUGGUCUGUGGUGAUAUUGCCGUCUAUCCAAGUGGUAACGCCCGGCCCACGGGUGGCGCUGGGGCUGUGGCAAUGCUGAUUGGGCCCAAGGCCCCUCUAGUCCUGGAGCAAGGGCUGAGGGGAACCCACAUGGAGAACGCAUAUGACUUCUACAAACCAAACUUGGCUUCCGAGUACCCGCUGGUGGAUGGGAAGCUCUCCAUCCAGUGUUACUUUCGGGCCUUGGAUCGAUGCUAUGCAGCCUACCGCAAGAAAAUCCAGAAUCAGUGGAAGCAAGCUGGAAACAACCAGCCUUUCACCCUCGAUGAUGUGCAAUAUAUGAUCUUCCACACACCCUUUUGCAAGAUGGUCCAGAAAUCCCUGGCUCGGCUGAUGCUCAGUGACUUCCUGUCAUCCAGCAGUGACACACAGAACAAUUUAUACAAGGGGCUGGAGGCCUUCAGGGGUCUAAAGCUCGAAGAAACCUACACCAACAAGGAUUUAGAUAAGGCUCUUUUGAAGGCCUCUCUGGACAUGUUCAACAAGAAGACCAAGGCCUCCCUUUACCUCUCCACCAACAAUGGGAACAUGUACACCUCGUCCCUCUAUGGGUGCCUGGCCUCACUUCUCUCCCAUCACUCUGCCCAAGAACUGGCUGGCUCCAGGAUUGGUGCCUUCUCCUACGGCUCAGGCUUAGCAGCGAGUUUCUUCUCAUUUCGAGUGUCCAAGGAUGCUUCUCCAGGUUCCGCUCUGGAGAACCUGGUAUCUAGUGUGUCAGAUCUGCCCAAACGUCUAGACUCCCGGAGGCGCAUGUCCCCUGAGGAAUUCACAGACAUAAUGAACCAAAGGGAACAAUUUUACCACAAGGUGAACUACUCACCACCUGGUGACACAGGCAACCUCUUCCCAGGUACUUGGUACCUGGAACGAGUGGAUGAGAUGCAUCGCCGCAAGUAUGCCCGGCGCCCCGUCUAAAGGAGGCCAGUGAGUGUGCAGGGCUGGCUGCGCAAAGGCCUCUGGAUCCAUGCACCAGUUCCUGGGGGAAGGAACCUGAGCAGAGCUGCUGCCCAGUGUCUGCUUAAAAUUCCACCCACAGCUGUAAAUAAUGAAUAGACAAAGUAGCCCCAUAGGAUCUGCUCCGAGGUGAAGGGCCGCCACCCUCAGUGGGUCCUUCGUGAGUAUCCCUGCCACAGGCUCAUGCUGCUGUGGACCAGGGCUCCCCUGUGAAGAGGGAGAUGGAAGAAAGGAGGGUCGCUGACCCCCAGUGGAAGCAGAUCAGACGUCUUCUCCCACAUCCAGACAGACCCACCAUUUGUUACAGCUUAUUAUCAGACUUCUCUGCUGUUAUGUUUUAUGCUCAUUUCUUAAAGUUUCCUGAGAAUUUCUAAAUUUUGUAUCUUGUUCUAAAAUAAUAUAUGGCAAUUAAAAUGAGAGAAGAAAUGA